AUGCUACACAUUUGUCAUGUGCACGCAAUACCUCUGUUGCAAAGUGCGAGUUGUUGCAAAUUCAGGAGUGACGAGAGGUUCGACGUGACCUCUGUGGUCUUGGACGAUCCUGAUUUUAAUCUCUUUGACUCUCGCGAGUUCUUCCUAUCACCAUCAUCCGACUGUGAUGCAGACUUGGAUGUGAAAUUGCAGAAGAGUCCCAACAGCACGGAAGCCAAGCGGCUUCAGCAAGAGCGACGAUUCAGAGUGAAACAGAUCAAAGAGGGUUUGAAUGCCAUGAAGAAGCAGGAGACGGAGUAUGCGGAGGAGAUCUUAGACAGCCUCCGAGGACGCGGAGCAGAAAUACCUGCCGCGGAGUUCCAUAUGUUCCCAAAGGACAGGGUGAGUUUUGAGGGGUCGUUCUGUUUUACACUCAAUAUUUUGCCGAAGUUUCCAGCGGUUUGCAUGGCUUCUUUUGGGUUUUGGCAUUCCAUAGGGUAG